UUUGUUACAUUUUUGCCCAUCACUUUGACCGCUCACAAGUCAUCAGCAUUUUCGUCUUCCUCUUUCUCUUCUGCUCUCCUUCUUGUUCACUUGUUUGUUCUAGCAACUGUCAUUUUCCAACAUAUACUCUCGAGGAAAACAAAACGGACCACUCCUCUAUCUCCUUUCCUUUCCAUUCCUUUCUGUAUUUUCUUCCUUCUUCCCCUUCAAUCUCCCCCCCCUCUCUCUCUCGUUCACUUUUUUCAGGGACAUGUCUGUCUGCGUUUAGAGAAAAAGGGACUGUUAUUACUCCGUGUUCCUUCCCUUCCUCUCGCUCUCUUGAUUCUGCAUAGAUAUUUGGCUAUAUACCUAGCUUUCCAGAUUCUUUUGCAGGGGAAAGACUGUGAAAAAGCAAAAGAGAGAAAAGAAAAUCUGAUUAUCUGUUGCAGGGAACUUACUCCUCAACUAAAGGAUUGGACUUUGAUUUCUGGUAUCCUCAACUCUUGAUUUUAAUAAGGUAGAGAACAACCACCUUCCCUCUCUCUCUCUCUCUCUCUCUCUGAGUAAGCGAGUCCCUUAAAAAAGAUGCCCUUACAAGGGAUUGCGAUCGAGCCCAGUUCCACAUCAUGUUCUCCUCCUGAUCUUUCCCUUCACAUAAGCCCUCCGACCACCUCUUCUUCUUCUUCUUUGAUUCGCCACAGUAAGGAACCCCACACUUCAAAUUUGGCAACUCAGACUCGUGUCGAGCUCUCUCUGGCCACCAAUUUCUGCGCAGACCAACCUCCUCCUUGUCAUUAUCAUCACAAUCACAACCCCACCAUUGCAGCUUCUGCAACCAUCACCACCGCUCACUUGAACCCCAUGAAUUCGUUCCUUGAUGCGCCGUCAUCGUCCCAGUCGGACGUCGGCCUGAGACCGAUCAGGGGGAUCCCGGUGUAUCACAACCGUUGCUUCCCUUUCUUGCCCUCAGACCAUUCCAUCGGCAAGGAUCUUCACCACCACCACCACCGCCAACAUUAUCAGAAGAUGUGGUUGCAUCAUCCCUUGCCCUCUAACGGAUCUUCUUGGGCAUAUUAUAAUAACUAUAACAGUAAUACGACCGAAGUAUCGGGUUUGGAUAACCCGAUGUGGGUUUUAAACGGGUCGUCUCCUGGUAAUUUCAAAUCUCAACACCAGUUGCACUGUGAGGUUGGGGCUUCUCAUGGUGAAGAGGCCGCAUCUUCGGGGUUCAUGAGAUCCAGAUUUAUGCCUAAAGUACUACCCUCCAAGAGGAGCAUGAGAGCUCCCAGAAUGCGUUGGACUACCACCCUCCAUGCCAGAUUCGUUCACGCCGUUCAACUUCUUGGCGGCCAUGAAAGAGCUACUCCAAAGUCAGUACUGGAGCUGAUGGAUGUGAAAGAUCUCACAUUAGCUCAUGUUAAAAGCCAUUUACAGAUGUAUCGCACAGUCAAGACCACUGACAAGCCUGCUGCUUCCUCAGGCCAAUCAGAUGGAUCUGGUGAAGAUGAGAUGUCUCCCGUCGGUGGCAACGCCGAUCGUGGUGGUCUUUGUCAGUUGUCCAAUCAAAGAGGCCGAGCAGAUCGAUCUGUGCAACAGGACCCAGACCAUCCUUCUUCCACUACGCUAUGGAGUAAUUCUUCAAGUAGCAGAGAGGCAUGGCCACAGAACAAUUGUUAUAAGGAUAGUCUCAGAAAAACUAGCUUCCACUCACAACCGAUGUCAAGAGGGCAUCAAACUCGUCAUCAGGAAUGCAAUUCAAGCGAAGCAAGAAUCGUGAAGAAGAAUUUGUCAGAUGUUGACAUGGAAUGCAAGAACCCAUGCUUGGAGUUUACAUUAGGAAGACCAGAUUGGAAUGGCAAGGGACAAGCCUAGAUAAUUUAUAUUUAUAAUAUUAUAUAUACAUAUAUAUCCAUGGCGACAAGUUCAUCAUCUUAAUUGUUUCUUCAACUGGGGAGAUCGAGGUGGUCUUAAUUGCCAAUGAGAAGAGAAAAUUAAAAUAAUCCCUUCUACAUGUAUACUUGUACCUUUGGUUUCUUCUUCUGGAAUCUAUUUUGAUUUCAUCAGCAGUUUUGUUUAGAUUCUUCCUUUUAUUAUUUUGAAAGGAUUUAUAGGAAGCAGCAGC